CAUGAGUCCAUUGAACAUCUGGAGAAGCACAGCAGUGUGAGUGGAGGAACACACUGAGGGCACGGAACAUCUGGGCGGGGCAGCUGGGACAGCGGCUGUGUGGGAACCUAUGGUGUAAACACUGGGUUCCAUCCGGGGCAGGAGGGGACGAGGCUCUCUGCCCGCUCACAGCAGCUCUGCUCGGCUCAGAUGCGCAGCGGCCCGACGCAGCAGCAGCAGCCAGCAGCAGGAGCAGCAGCAGCGGAGGAGAAGAAGAAGGAGGAGGAGGAGGAGGUCUGGAGGCUGCUGGUGAAUUACAAUUGAGAUACGAAGCCACAAUGAACCCAGAGGGUUAUCACGCGUACCGACGCACGGUUCAAUAAUUAAUCGCCGUCUUCCCUGGGAUGGUUUCCUCCUGUGGUCCGACGCGGGGAUGAUUUUUCUCGGCUUGGUUUUGCCACAGAGGACCGCGGAGACCUCGGAAGGCAUCGGUCAUGCUCUCCGAUUCCUGAGCUGAGCUGCACUGGAUCCCCCCCGAUGCUACCUGGCAUAAUCAGAUCUAGGAGACACCCAUGUUUAUCUACUAUUGACUUCUUGGAAAUGCAACUACUGACUCUCCACCUAAAGUCAACAAAUGGCUGAAACUGCAAGGUGAGGGUGUGGUUGGGAGCGUGAGUCCUCAGAAUUACAUCACAUGGAGGUCAAAGGACAACUGAUCACAUCAAUGGGUCUGGGGGCUCCUGAUGUUCAAGGCAGCCAGGACAACAAGCUGCAGGCUGAGAGGAUUGCAGCUCUGCAGGAGAGAAAACAGGUCCUGGAGGCUCUGCUCCACACCAGAGUGGGAGAGCUCAAACAAGUCUGUCUGCAGGAAGCAGAGCUGACUGGGAAGUUGCCACGUACUUUCCCCCUGGAGACUGGAGAGAAACCCCCGCUGGUGCAGCGCAGAGCUGGCGUGUUGCCCAACACCAAGGCAGAGGAUGAGGCUGCCCAAAGAAAGCAGAUGAAAGCCAUCUUCACCGGUGCUCUGUACAGACACUCGGAAUCAGACAGAAAUGUCCCAAAUAGCAAGAGGACAGUUCAUCGAGGGUGUCACACAGAGGACACAGUCAUGUCAGAGAGUACGAGCUCCAUGUCAGAUUCAACAUCCCAUGACAACGAGUCAUCUCCCAGCGUGGCCGCUGACCAGCGCUCUCUGUCUCAGCCCCGGCUCACUGUGGGCAGCCCUGACCACCGCAUCAGUAGGAAACUGUCUCCAGUAGAGAUUUACUAUGAGAUGAGGACACGUCGCAACUCUGUCACAAGCUCUGUCAGCCCAACUCACUCUUUACCGAGAAGUGCAUCUAACGUUGAAGGAAGAAGUGUUCCAGCGACUCCUCUUUUGGCGCGAACUGCUCCAAUCAGCGUUCAUGUCAGGUCGGAUGCGUCAGGGGGUAAUGGUUUGAAGCAGUGGUCUGGCAGCCUGGAUGUGCCAUACAUGAUUCCAUUGGCACAGGAGGGCUCUUCUUCUGACCGGCGAAGCUGCCCGUACAGCUCCCGGGCCAGGCGCAGUAACAGCUCAGAGGCCCUGUUGGAUAGGUCGAGCCUCCCUGAUGAUCCAGCACCCAGAAACGGGAUGCCCCCCAGAGGAGGGCCUUACAAGAGCUCAGAGACACUGACUGAUGGCAAGCUGCGACACAUUCACUUAGGCAGCCCUGAGAGACAUGUGGACGGCUCUGUGGAUCAGGCCAAAAUGCGUCUCUCCAUGGGCGGCAGAGGGGCAGGGGGAGGCUACAAUGAGCUACUCAUGGACUAUAUCUGGGGGAAACAGCAGAGGUUGCAAGUGCAGCACCACUUGUACCAGUCCACAGGCAGGAUCUGGCAGGACAUGUCCUCUCCUCGUUCAUCCACAGCAGUGGUUCCUCCCCAUGCCAAUGGUUUUUCUCAUUCCCAGGUGCAUCUCCCCAGCACUGCACCUCCUUACAGCCCCAUGGUCCUCAGAGGGUCACAAGCCGAGCUGCGCAGGGUCAAAGUCACCAGAACCAAAUCUUGUGGACCUUUUAUGCCUUUGCAGCAACAAUCCCAGGAUGGAAUACUAUUGUCAGCAUAUGAGUCUCCCCUUCCUGCCUCUGGCACCACCACAUCCUCCAUCCCCAACCUGCACCCUUACCAGACUGAGCUGUCUGGCCCCUCCUUCAGUCGCAGAGCCCCACAGUUCUCUCUCCCGACCCCAGAAGACUCAACUAGAAGCCUGCAUAAAGCCCUGGCUCUGGAAGGACUGAGGGACUGGUACCUGAGGAACGCUCUUGGCUAUCCACCAGCUGCCUCAAAGGGUCACGAGACGGGUAUCUCUCGCCUCUCACACCCCAACCCGUUGGUGCACCAGGCUCAGUCUGUUCAAGGUGAAGCAGCCAACCUCAACAGGCCUCAGAUACCCCAGUCAGCCAGCUUCCACGGUCUCCCACUGCAUGGAAGGUCGAUGGAGUUUUCUCUGUAUCAGGAGACUCCUCCACAACAGCUGCAAGAGGUGACCCCAAAGGAACCCAGUGCUGACCCAGGCACCCUAGUCUGACGCAGCAGAACACACACACACACACACACACACACACACACA